AUGGCCGCGGCCACCUCUAACCCCUACCUCCCCGGCAACGGCAUCCUGGCGGCCGGCUCCAUCGUCCACGCGGACUCGGGCGGCGGCGGCGGCGGCGGCGGCGGCGGCAUGCAGCCGGGGAGCGUGGCCGUCACCUCGGUGGCGGGCGGCUACCGCGGCGACCCGGCGGCCAAGAUGGUCCAGAGCGACUUCAUGCCGGGCGCCAUGGCCGCCAGCAACGGCGGCCAUAUGCUGAGCCAUGCCCACCAGUGGGUGACAGCCCUGCCCCACGCCGCCGCCGCCGCCGCCGCCGCCGCCGCCGCUGCCGCCGAAGCGGGCUCGCCCUGGUCCGGCAGCCCCGUGGGCAUGACGGGCAGCCCCCAGCAGCCGCCGCCGCCGCCCGACGUCAAGGGCAGCGGCGGACGCGACGACCUGCACUCGGGCGCGGCGCUGCACCACCGGCCGCCCCACCUGGGCCCCCCGCACCAGGGGCACCCGGCGGCCUGGGGGGCGGCGGCGGCCGCCCACCUACCCUCCAUGGCCGGCGGGCAGCAGCAGCAGCAGUCGCUCCUCUACUCGCAGCCCGGGGGUUUCACGGUGAACGGCAUGUUGAGCCCCCCCCCCGGCGGUCAGAGCCUGGUGCACCCGGGGCUCGUGCGCGGCGAGACGCCGGAGCUGGGCGAGCACCCCGGGCAUCACCACCACCACCACCACCAGCACCCCGGGCACCACCCGCCGCACCACGGCGGCGUCAACAGCCACGACCCGCACUCGGACGAGGACACGCCGACCUCCGACGACCUGGAACAGUUCGCCAAGCAGUUCAAGCAGCGGCGGAUUAAGCUGGGCUUCACCCAGGCCGACGUGGGGCUGGCGCUGGGCACCCUCUACGGCAACGUCUUCUCGCAGACCACCAUCUGCCGCUUCGAGGCCCUGCAGCUCAGCUUCAAGAACAUGUGCAAGCUGAAGCCUUUGUUGAACAAGUGGCUGGAGGAAGCCGACUCUUCCACGGGCAGUCCCACCAGCAUCGACAAGAUCGCCGCCCAGGGCAGGAAGAGGAAGAAGCGGACCUCCAUCGAGGUGAGUGUCAAGGGGGCCUUGGAGAGCCACUUUCUGAAAUGCCCCAAGCCCUCCGCCCAGGAGAUUACGAACCUAGCGGACAGCCUGCAGCUGGAGAAGGAGGUGGUCAGGGUUUGGUUUUGCAAUCGGAGGCAGAAAGAGAAACGGAUGACCCCCCCGGGGAUCCAGCAGCAGACCCCCGACGAUGUCUACUCCCAGGUCGGCACCGUCAACUCCGACACGCCGCCCCCUCACCACGGACUGCAGACCAGCGUGCAGUGA